AUGCUAAAAGUGAUGAGCGAGGCUGAAUGCCUCAACGAUCCCGCCCUCGACGACUACGAGACGCUCAGGUUUGAGGAACGGCUGGCGAAGGACUUCAACAAGGAGGCCGCCAUCUUCUUCCUCACCUCCUCGAUGUCUAACCUCGCCGCUGUGCUGCUGCACACAAGACCAGGCUCGGAGGUGAUCCUCGCCUCCUCGGCCCAUACGGUUGAGAGGGAAUGCGCCAGCAUGGCCAGGAUUGCAGGAGUACAGACUAGGCAGAUAUUCACGGAGUCUGGCUUGUUCACACCGCAGCAGGGUAAGCUCUCGAACGGGACGUACCGAGGACAAGUGUGGGACUUGAACGAUUUGAGGCAGAUCAAGAAAAUCGCAGAGGAAAACAAAGUGGCAGUGCACAUCGACGGCGCCCGCAUCUACAACGCCCUAGAGACAUACGGAUUGCAGCCUAAGGACAUCAGCGAUUGCUACGAUACCAUGACCAUGUGCUUCACGAAGGGGCUGUGCUGUCCCGUCGGAGGAGCCAUCCUGGGCACGAGGGAACACAUAAAGAAGUUGAAGAGCAUCAGGAAGUCGCUGGGAGGAGGCAUCAUGCACACGUCUAUCCUCAGCACUGGCAUUUAG